AUGCAGGAUCGUCCCCUUCUUCUUCAACUUCUCAAAAACUACGACAAUACUACUAAAUUUCCAUUCUUAAUUCCAUCAGCCAACGACAAACCAUUCACAAAGCAAGAAUUAUACCUACGUCAAUUGAAACACGCAUCGCAUAUGGGUAGAAUGGGAGCAGACGUCACCAAUAUCUAUAAACCUCAUAAAGAUGUAUCUUCUCCAAAUUCCAUCGACAAGAUCACUAUCAACAAAUUAAUGGCUGCGGGUGUUCAUUUAGGUCAUUCUACCACCUUAUGGAGACCCAGUACUCAACCAUUCAUUUAUGGAGAAUAUCGUGGUGUCCAUAUCAUCGAUUUAAAUAAGACGUUAUCUUAUUUGAAAAGAGCUUGUCAUGUGAUCGAAGGUAUUGCACAACGAGGUGGGUUGAUUCUAUAUUUAGGUACUGGUGAAGGUCAUAAGCGUGGAUUAGAGGAAGCUGCAAAGAGGACACAUGGGUAUUAUGUAUCUACGAGAUGGAUUCCAGGUACGUUGACUAAUUCUACUGAAAUUUCAAGGAAUUUAGAGAAACAUGAGAUUAAUGGGGAUGAUAUGCCUACUUUAAGAGAGUUGACUGCUGAGGAAACUAAUAUUAUUAGUAAACCUGAUUUAUUAGUUGUUUUGAAUCCAACUGAGAAUAGAAACGCUUUGUAUGAGGCUAUGAAAUCAAGAGUUCCUACAAUAGCGAUUAUUGAUACAGAUUCGGAACCUUCCUUGGUGACGUAUCCGAUCCCAGGGAAUGAUAACUCUUUAAGAUCUGUUAAUUUACUAUUAGGAAUAUUAGCGAAGGCAGGAGAAAAAGGAUUGAAGUCUCGUUUGAAAAAGGAAGCUUCUGUUGGCAGUUGA